AUGGAGAACUACCAGAAGCUUGAGAAGAUCGGUGAAGGCACUUACGGUGUCGUCUACAAGGCGCGCGACCUCCUCAAUGGCGGUCGUAUUGUGGCGCUGAAGAAGAUCCGCCUCGAAGCCGAGGACGAGGGCGUUCCCUCCACUGCCAUCCGCGAGAUCUCCCUCCUCAAGGAGAUGCGCGACCCCAACAUCGUCCGCCUCUUCAACAUCGUUCACGCCGACGGUCACAAGCUCUACCUCGUAUUCGAAUUCCUCGAUCUUGAUCUCAAGAAGUACAUGGAGUCUCUGCCCGUUGCCGACGGCGGCCGUGGCAAGGCCCUGCCCGAGGGCAGCUCCGAGUACUUGGGCCGUCUCGGCCUCGGCCCGACCGUUGUCCAAAAGUUCAUGUGGCAGCUCUGCGACGGCGUCCGCUACUGCCACUCCCAUCGCGUCCUUCACCGCGACCUCAAGCCCCAGAACCUGUUGAUCGAUAGAGACGGCAACUUGAAGCUGGCCGACUUUGGUCUCGCGCGCGCUUUCGGUGUGCCCCUGCGCACUUACACCCACGAGGUCGUCACCCUGUGGUACCGCGCUCCGGAGAUUUUGCUUGGUGGACGCCAGUACUCGACCGGUGUCGAUAUGUGGUCCGUCGGCUGCAUCUUUGCCGAGAUGUGCACUCGCAAGCCCCUCUUCCCCGGCGAUUCCGAGAUUGACGAGAUCUUCAAGAUCUUCCGCACGCUCGGCACGCCAACCGAGGAUGUCUGGCCCGGUGUCACCUCGUACCCCGACUUUAAGAGCUCGUUCCCCAAGUGGAUCCGAGACGAGUCUCUGCCCCUGUGCACGAGCCUCGACGCCGAUGGCCUCGAGCUCCUCGAGAUGAUGCUGGUGUAUGACCCGGCCAGCCGCAUCUCAGCCAAGGGUGCCUGCAACCACCCGUACUUCGAGUCCUACCCCGACCAGAGUGCUGGUCAGACCACGAGAAGCAGCCGCGCCAACGAGCGCACCAACGGAUACUAUGGCAACUAG